AUGGAAUUGGUCGAUAUAUCUUCUCCACGUAAAGAUUCUCUUAAUUCAGAAAAAAUCAAGCUUUUACUUCAGACAGAAAGUACAAAAUAUACAGUUAUUAAAAAAAAAUCAUCAACAGCAUCAUCAUCAUCAUUACCAUCUUGGUGGAGUUCUUUUGGUUAUCCUGCAAAAUCAGAUGAAAAUGCUAAAUAUCAGCGAAUAUUUGGAUAUGUUAGCUGCUUUAAAUGUUAUCAAACGUUUAUUUAUUCAGCUAAAAGUGGUACAACACGUCUAAGAGAACAUCAAAAUAAAUGUGCUAGAAUUAUUUCUUUAUCAUCUUCUUCAUCAUCGUCUUCUAUAAAUAUUGAUCAAUCGAACAUUUCAUCAUCAUCUUCUUCUAUUUUAAUUGAUCACUCUAUUGAUACUGCAUCAUCAAUACAAUCUACUCUUCCUCAACAUGGAUUCAGAACAUCGUUAAAAUUAAGUGAAACAGAUACUAAUAAUAUGAAAACAUUAUGUGCACAAUGGGUAUGCAUGGACCUACGUCCUUUUUCCAUGUUAGAUGAUUCUGGUUUUCGAGCUGUUGCUCAAGAACUUAUCCGUAUUGGACAUAAAUACGGAAUGAUUGAUGUUAAUGAAAUAUUAAGAAGUCGUCAUACAAUAGCACGUAGUAUUAAUGAUAUAGCUGCUACAUAUAGAGAACAUAUGAAACAAAAAUUAAUUGAACCACUUAAGUACCGUGCUAUUACAAUAUGUCCUGAUUUUUGGACAGACACGUACAAAAAUAUUUCUUACUUAGGAUUAAAUCUCACGAACGUCGAUGCACACUAUCAGUUUUUCUCCAUUGAUCUUUUUUGUCGGCCUUUUAUGGGUGUAAAAUCAGGUGAUUUAAUCGUGAAAAAGAAAAAAACAACAGAUCCAAUUUUAACAAUUGACAUUUCUAUUUCAUCAAACAAUAACACUUUACCACAGGCACAUAAAGAUGCUGUAUCAAGUUUUAAUGAUGGUCUUUCAAGUGAAGAAGAAUCUGGAGAUGAUGAAGAAGAUGUAUUACCAUCCUUGCCGAUGGUACGAAAAAGAAAAACAAAUGAUAAAGAACCAUUAUUGAGUAAAAAACCAGUUGAAGAUAUUCCUCGUGCAGCAAAGACUAUUCUUUUAACAAUAAAACAAUGUAAAAAGAUGGUCAAAUUUAUUAAACAGAGUGGAUCAAAUAAGGACAUCGAAAACUUAGGGGGAACAACAGUUCAUCAAGCUAUUGAUAUUCGAUGGAUAUCAAUUAUUGAUUCAUUACAGUCAAUAUUAAAAUCGUUUAAAAUCAUAAAAAAAAUUUUAAUUUACAAGCAACAACAUAAACUUAUUAUGAACAUCGACGAAAAGACAAUUAAACAAAUAUUAUUAUUAUUAAAACCAUUUAGAGAUGUUAUAAAAUUAAUUCAAACUGGUAAUUCACCAUCAUUAUAUAUGGUGUUAUUGUGUUUUCAAACGUUAAAAGAUGUUAUGAGUUCUUAUCAAUCGUUGUUGGAUUAUGAUAAAGUUCAUGGUGGUGAUGAAUCAAAAGAAGAUGUUGAUGAAACUGAUGAAGAUAUAUUAGAUGAAUUAGAAGGUAAAGAUACCAAAAGAAAUUCUAUGUCAAGACGAUUAUUUUGA